UUAUUGUCCUCUACAUGUCCCUGCUCUGUGUCGGUUCUUAUGUGAAUCACCCUGUAUAUUUAGAAUUUCUCUGUAACAAACACUCUUAAGAUAAGAGUUGAUGAGUUCACCACAUCAGUAAAUAUAUAGUAAAUAUUUUACAAGAUUCUAACUUAAAUGUUUGUGCGAAACGUAACUAAUUUAUUAAAAUGGAAUCAAUCCUAUAUUAAAGGGCAAAUGCACACGUCUUAUCGAUCGCAGUUGACUAUGGCAAACACCAAAUUUCGUUUUGCAAUCGAUAGAGGGGGCACUUUCACGGAUGUGUUUGCUCGAUGCCCGGACGGUAAAAUAGAGGUCUUAAAAUUGUUAUCAGUGGAUCCACAACAUUACGCCGACGCGCCAACAGAGGGCAUAAGAAGGAUAUUAGAAGAGAAAACCGGAAACGCAUUAGAUGAAAACGGCAAAGUAAAUAGUAAGCUAAUAGAAUGGAUUCGAAUGGGAACCACAGUGGCUACCAAUGCUCUAUUGGAAAGAAAAGGAGAAACGAUGGCUUUAGUUACAAACGCUUACUUUAAAGAUCUUCUUUUGAUUGGAAAUCAAGCAAGACCGAGUAUAUUUGCAUUGGAAAUAAAACGACCGGAAGUUUUAUACAAAGAAGUAGUGGAAAUUGAUUGCCGCGUAAUCCCAACGUUACCGGGAAAAUGUCAACUUGGAAAUCUAGCUUCAAAAUGGCGAGUUAUUCGGGGGACCACCGGAGAAGAAUUUUACGUUACCAAAGAAAUCGACGAAAACGAAGUGAGAGAUAAAUUAAUCGCAUUGAAAAAUAGAGGAAUAAACAGUAUCGCUGUAGUUUUGGCACAUAGUUACGCAGUGCCCGAUCAAGAAAAAAAGAUAGGGGAAAUAUCCCAAGGAUUAGGUUUUAAACAUGUUUCUUUAUCCUAUCAAGUAAUGCCCAUGAUUAGAAUAGUUCCUAGGGGAUUCACCGCUUGUGCUGAUGCUUAUCUUACUCCGCACGUAAAGAGAUAUGUUGACGGUUUUCGAAGUGGGUUUAACGACAAUUUGGAAAACUGUAGAGUUCUUUUUAUGCAAAGCGAUGGUGGAUUAACUCCAAUGGGUAAUUUUAAUGGAGCAAGGGCUAUUUUAUCUGGACCUGCCGGUGGCGUAGUUGGUUACGCAGUUACUACAUGGCAAAAAGAAACCGAUCUUCCCAUAAUUGGCUUUGAUAUGGGAGGUACAUCGACGGAUGUGUCAAGAUUUGCUGGAACUUACGAUCAUGUAUACGAAAGUACGACGGCAGGUAUAACCAUUCAAGCACCGCAGUUGGAUGUAAAUACAGUGGCUGCUGGUGGUGGUUCUAUGUUAUUUUUCAGGUCGGGAUUGUUUGCAGUUGGUCCAGAAUCCGCUGGAGCUGACCCAGGACCCGUUUGUUAUAAGAAAAAUGGCCCACUUACAGUUACCGAUGCGAAUUUAGCAUUAGGACGUUUACUACCCGAAUAUUUUCCAAAAAUUUUCGGCCCAAACGAAGAUUCUCCGUUGGAUACAAACGCAACUAUUGAUAAAUUUAAAGUACUUACCGAUGAGAUUAAUGUAUUUUUAAAAUCAGAGGGCAAAUCUAUGAGUAUGGAAGAAGUAGCCAUGGGUUUUAUUCGAGUGGCGAAUGAAACAAUGUGCAGACCUAUAAGAGCUUUAACCCAAGCGAAAGGUUAUGAUACCGCUAGACAUGCUUUGGCGUGUUUUGGCGGGGCAGGAGGGCAACAUGCAUGUGCUAUAGCAAGAUCGUUGGGUAUGACAACGGUUUUUGUACAUAAAUAUGCCGGAAUUUUGUCUGCUUACGGAAUGGCCUUAGCAGAUGUCGUUCAUGAAGCUCAAGAACCAUGCGCGAAAAUUUAUAAUGAUGAAAACCUUUCGUAUUUUGAUGAGAGAUUUAAGAUAUUAGGGGAACAAUGUAAAACAGAAUUAAAAAAUCAAGGUUUUGGUAAUAAUUCUAUAUUCUUGGAGCAAUACUUACACAUGAGAUAUGAUGGCACUGAUUGUGCUUUAAUGUGCUUAAGCACUGACGGCGACUUCUUGAAAACGUUCUUAAAUCGUUAUCAAACAGAAUUUGGAUUUACGAUACAAAACAGAAAUGUUAUUAUUGAUGAUAUACGCGUAAGAGGAAUUGGAAAAACAUUAUUGGAUGAAGAUAGAGAACAUCCGAUUACUGAAGUGAAACCAAUUCCAGAAAAAAUUGUUAAUACCUAUUUUGAAGAAGGUUCAUUAAAAACUAAAGUUUAUUUGUUGGAAAAAUUAAAAUCCGGACAAAUAUUAAAUGGCCCGGCGAUAAUCAUGGAUAAACUUAGCACGAUUAUAGUUGAACCUGAAUGUAACGCUCUUAUUACAAAAAGAGGUGACAUCAAAAUUACAAUUGGCACGGGAAGGAUAAAAGAAAUUGGAACGGAACUUGAUUCCAUUCAACUCAGCAUAUUUAGUCACAGGUUUAUGAGUAUUGCAGAGCAAAUGGGACGUAUCCUUCAACGAACUUCAAUUUCCACCAAUAUAAAGGAAAGAUUAGAUUUUUCUUGCGCUCUUUUUGGAGCGGAUGGCGGGUUAGUUUCGAAUGCACCUCAUAUCCCAGUUCAUUUAGGUGCAAUGCAAGAAGCUGUACAAUAUCAAAUGAAAUCUAGAGGUGUUUUUAAUGAUGGAGAUGUUAUUUUAACAAAUCACCCGGCAGCUGGUGGGUCCCACUUACCCGAUUUUACAGUAAUAACUCCAGUUUUUCAUAGAGACGCAAAAAAUCCAAUUUUCUUUGUGGCAUCUCGCGGUCAUCACGCAGACAUUGGAGGAAUAACCCCCGGCUCAAUGCCACCUCAUUCCACCAAUUUAUCGCAAGAAGGAGCCGCAUUCAAAAGCUUUCUAUUAGUGGAAUCUGGAAGAUUUCGCGAAGAAGAAUUUACCAAAAAAAUUCAAGAAGCUGGAGGAAGAAAUUUAAACGAUAAUAUUUCAGAUUUACGCGCUCAAGUAGCUGCCAAUAAAAAGGGCAUACAAUUAGUGAGCGAAUUAAUUGAUCAGUAUGGUUUGGAGGUAGUUCAAGCUUAUAUGAACCACAUUCAGACGAACGCUGAAGUAGCUGUAAGAGAUAUGUUGAAGGAAGUAGCUAAGAAAACUUUCUCUAGGACCGGAACUCAUAUUUUGGAAGCCGUUGAUCAUAUGGAUGAUGGAUCGCCAAUCAAAUUAAAAGUUAUUUUGGAUGAAGUUACCGGUUCAACCAUUUGUGAUUUUACAGGCAGCGGUCCUGAAGUGUGGGGAAAUUGUAACGCCCCAAAAGCAAUAACUCUUUCUGCUUUAAUAUAUUGUCUUAGAUGUAUGGUUGGACACGAUGUUCCAUUAAAUCAAGGUUGUUUGGCUCCUAUAAAAACAAUUAUUCCAAAAGGAUCCAUUCUCGAUCCAAGUGAUAACGCCGCUGUGGUUGGAGGAAAUGUUUUGACCUCUCAAAGAAUCGUAGACGUUGUUUUAAAAGCGUUCAAAGCUUGCUCAGCUUCUCAAGGUUGUAUGAACAACAUCACGUUUGGAAGCGAUUCGUGGGGUUGUUAUGAAACAGUAGCUGGCGGAAGUGGAGCUGGUCCUGGAUUUAAUGGAUGUUCGGGUGUUCAUACUCAUAUGACCAACACAAGAAUUACAGAUAUAGAAAUUCUCGAACGAAGAUAUCCUGUACACGUUGAAAAAUUUAUGUUAAGACAAGAAACUGGAGGGAAAGGAGCUUAUAAUGGAGGUGAUGGUGUUUUAAGACAAUUAUAUUUUAGAGCGCCGAUUACUUUAUCAGUUUUGACUGAAAGAAGAGUGUUACAACCUUACGGAUUAGAAGGCGGUGGUGCUGGUGCUCGUGGAAUGAAUCUUUUAGUUCGAAAUGAUGGAAGAGUUAUAAAUUUAGGACCUAAAACUGCUGUGGAAGUUAAUCCAGGGGACGUAUUUCAAUUGCAUACGCCGGGUGGUGGUGGUUAUGGACUCCAAAAUCCGACGGGACCGUUGCAAAAAGGGAAAGCUGAAACGGCUCAGAGGGGCUUUGUGGAAAGGGGCAGCCUCUUCGAGUAUCGCCAGGCACAGGAAAGCGUUUGAAACUGAUCCCAAACAGAAUGAAUAAUGUAACAAUGUGUGGUUCAUGUUUUACUUUGUUAAAACAAAGGAAAAUAGGUUUGGGGAUCAAUAAAGUUUUCGAUCAGUUA